CGCGAUUUAAAGGUGCUGGCGGCGCCCGGCGAGAGCCCCGCGCGCUCCGACCCAGCACCCGGCCCGCGCGGCAGCGGCUCCAGCAGCGGCGGCUCCAGCGGCGGCUCAGCGGGGCCCCAGGCGCCGGCGAGGGGAUGCCCCCGCUGCCCCCCAGCAGCAGCACCGGAGUGGCCCCGGCGCCCCCCCUGGCCUGACUCCGGCUCUGCCCUGCACCCGCCGGAGCCGGGACCGCCAGGCGCCUCCUGGAUCCGGCCGGGGCACUGGCCGCCUGCUCCUGCCUCUCCGCUCCGCCGGCUCCGGUCCCCAGCAGCUCUAUGAGCGCCGCUUUCCAGCCCUCCCUCAGGAUGAUGCAGCGCCCCUUGGGAAGCAGCACGGCCUUCAGCAUCGACUCGCUCAUAGGCAGCCCGCCCCAGCCCAGCCCGGGCCACUUCGUCUACACCGGCUACCCCAUGUUCAUGCCCUACCGGCCGGUGGUGCUGCCGCCGCCGCCCCCGCCCCCGCCGGCCUCGCUGCAGCCCGCCCUGCCGCCCUCCCACCCCCACCACCAGAUCCCCAGCCUGCCCACCGGCUUCUGCUCCAGCCUGGCCCAGGGGAUGGCUCUCACCUCCACGCUCAUGGCCACGCUGCCCGGCAGCUUCUCCGCUUCCCCGCAGCACCAGGAGGCGGCCCGCAAGUUCGCCCCCCAAGCUCUCCAGGGCAACUUCGACAAAGGCGAAGGGAUCCAGCCGGAGACCGACGAGGGGAAAUCCUUCCUGGGCAAGGAGAGCGCCCUGCUGUCCUUCGCCGCCGCAGAAGCCGUGCAGGCGUCCCUGGGGGCUGUCCGGGCUCAGGCCAAGGAUGAUUCCAAAGCGGAAGACGAUUCUAAAGGCAAAGAGGAAAGUUUCUCGAUGGACAGCGACCUAGACUAUAGCUCUGAUGACAACAUCACAAGCCAAGCCGCCCAUAAAGAAGAGGACUCUGGCAACGCACUAGAAGAAAACACCCAGAGCACAAAUAACUCCAACACCACCACGUCCACUGGCAAAAACAGGCGGAGGAGAACAGCCUUUACCAGCGAGCAGCUGCUCGAGUUGGAAAAGGAAUUUCAUUGCAAAAAGUACCUGUCCCUGACAGAGAGAUCCCAGAUCGCUCAUGCCCUCAAACUCAGUGAAGUGCAGGUCAAAAUAUGGUUCCAGAACAGAAGAGCCAAGUGGAAAAGGGUGAAAGCCGGCAAUGCCAACUCGAAGACAGGAGAACCCUCCAGAAACCCCAAGAUCGUGGUACCCAUCCCAGUCCAUGUCAGCAGAUUUGCCAUCAGAAGUCAGCACCAGCAGCUGGAACAAGCCAGACCCUGAUACAUUUCCACUAUCCCUUCCCCCUCCCCAUCCAAAAGUUUUGAUCAAUGUUUCCCAAUCGGGUUAAAAAAACAAACACAAACUUUAAUCUGAACCUUUCGACAUAUCAAGUAAAGCAAGAAUCUAUUACUAAGAGGCUUAAAACUGUGUUUUGUUUUGGAGCGGGAAUAUCAAACCCUUGAAGAGACAUAAUAAAUAUUUAUUAUACUGUCCUACUUUGUAUAUAAAGUGCUGGAUCUCAGCUGCUGUGUUUUGACUCUUACGGGACCAAAUAACCAGUAACAUGAAUUCUUACAUUCCAGAAGAAAACCACCAACAACAAACUGCAAUGCAUAUUCCUCAUCUUUUGAGUCUUGGGGUUUUUUUAAAUCAUUUUGAAAGGUAAAAAUGAAACAAAACUAAGAGGUUUGUUUUCCCCUUUUUGGGUUGGCUGAGUGGCAGACAUUUGGGUGAAUUAUUUUCAUUAUUAUUAUUUUGCCUGGCUUUCUGUCGAUUUGGUUGCAUAUUCUACUAAGCCAUGUUUGAAAAGCACGAUCCUCUCUGUUGUGUUUAAUUUAUUUCAAUGUAGCUUUUUCCUGAUAAGUUAUGAAAUUUAAAAAGAAACUCAGUCUUGUGAAUAAACAAAAUCAAAAAGAAAAAGAAAAAAAAAGGCCAACCGCCUUCUGUACAGAAUUUCUUGUGUGAGAGUGGGAGCAUUUUCCCUCCUAGGACAGUAUCAUUUUGAGUCUGGGUCAGGUUUAUUGUCAAUAGGAAAUAUUUAGCAAAAUAGCUAAAGUUUAACUAGGAGGGAAGGCAAAGCUUGCCCCACCCCCCACAGCUGAUGGCUGAGUUUAGGGAAGCGAAUUUCUUCUAUAAUAAAUUGUAAACAAAACCCUGCUGAAAAGGAUGUUAUAGAAACAGGGUGGCAUUGCAGAACCUAGUCCAGGAGGGAGCUGACCAGAAGGGAAGGCGGUAGCCAGGCCUGUGAUUCUAGGUACCUUGAAUUGAAAAGGAUCAGACAGGUCUUCUGCCCCUUCCGUAAAUAUCCAACACACCCCCAUGCACCACACCACCUGGAGCUUUAAAACCAGCCAGUGCUGAAAGGUCUGUAAAUGAACGGUUCUGAUGUUACUCCUGCUCCAGUCCUGGGCAGGGUUACGGUGGAGUGUCAGACAAUGAGAGAGAUGCAGGCACUUUACUCUUGCAAGUGGGACUGACUCUUUGUAUUGUUAUCUGACCCGCCGCGCUGUAUCUGAUUAACGCUCUAGGAAAUUAACAGGGCCAAAUCCGUAUCUAUUCGCUGCCUACGAUCUGUCCGGUUAGGAAGAAGAAAAACUGCAACCCCGCAAAGUUGUCAGAACGGUGGAGGGUCUUUAGUGAUAUUUAAAAGCAAAUCCCCCUAUUCCCCCCCCCCAAGU